AUGCCGGCCCUGCCGCCGGCCGCGGCGGUGGUGUCGGCGCAGCUCGUGACAGUGGCCGGCCAGCGGCGCGCCCUCGAGCUGCCUGCGUCCGCCUCGGGCGACCAAUUGUAUGCGGCUGCUGCAGCGGCGCUGGCGCUGCAGCCGGGCCGCUUCAAAUUGCUGCUGCGCGGCGUGCUGGUGUCGCCCGGCGGCGCCGCGGCGGGCGUCACAGACGGCG